AUGGUUAGCGUACCUGAUUUUUGUCAUAAUACUAGUGUAAUAUUAAAUGAAAUAUCUUAUCAAUAUCUAUCGGAAUGCUGGGCUGAAUGGCGAAUAUCCGAAUAUUUACGUAUAUAUUUACCAUUGAUUAUUUUACCUAUAUCACUUAUAAGUAAUUGUUUAUCAUUUUCUGCUUUACGAAGUCGUCAUAUGCGUGGAACAGCAACAGCAUUUUUUAUGCUUGUACUUAGUGUACUUGAUCCACUUGUUUUAUUAACCAAGCAUCUUGUUUAUUUUCCAACAUUUCUUUCAACUAAGGUUAUAUUAUGUAAAUUUAUUUAUUUUCUUAUCUAUGUUGUUGGUUAUACAAAUGUUUGGAUACUUGUUAUAAUGACAGCUGAUAAAUUUUUUGCUGUAUGGUUUCCACUUAAAGUUGCUUAUUUUUGUACAAUAACUCGAGCAAAAUAUGUUUGUAUAUUUCUUCUUAUAACAACAAGUAUUAUAUCAUUUCAUCAUUUUUGGACAAUUAAAAGUUUUCCACAUCCAAAAGAUGCAACAAAAGGUGUUUGUUUUUAUGAUAUGUCACAUUAUAGUUCAAUACAACAUAUAUGGCGUUAUAUCGAUUUUAUUAUAUGGUGUUUUUUACCAUUUAUUCUCAUAUCAAUGUUAAGUAUGUUAAUUAUUCUAAAAUUACGUCAAAAACAAAAUCAUUUACAUUCAAAUAUUCAAAAAAUCAUGUAUACAAAUAUGAAAUCUAGAGAAGUUGAAAAUAAAAAUCAUUUGAAUACCUACAAAACAGGCAAUCAAGAUAUUGUUAUGCGUAGUAAUCAAAAAACAGACAUUAUUCGUUUACAACAUCGUCAUAUAACAUUUAUGUUACUUGCUGUUGCUGGUGUUUUUCUUCUUUGUACAUUACCUAAUAGUAUUUAUUUUGUACUUGAAAUUAGAUAUGGUUUUAAUAAACAACCAACAGUUAAUGAUUAUUAUCAAUGGUUACGUUAUCGUCGAUUAACAAUUUUAACUAUACUUAUGUAUCAAUUAAGUGAUUUACAACAUGCAGCAAAUUUUUUUAUAUAUUUAUUAGCUAGUGGUAAAUUUCGUCAAUCAGUUCUUAAUACAUGUGUAUCAAUAAUACAUAUUUUGUCAGCAUUAUUAACUUGUUCAUAUCAUCAUAGGACAAAUUCAAAGCAGAAUCGCAAUAAAAGACAUGAUAACGGUCAAUAUGGCAUGUCAUCCCAUCCAAGUGCAUCUGAAAUGUUGAAUAUAAUACGACCUUCGCGUGAUACAUCUAAUAAGUCACAACAAGCAAAAGUUGAUUACAAUUAUCAAGCAUUCUUUUCAAAAUCAACAACAACCAAACUAUUAUAA